AUGCAGGCUCUUGAAGUUCAUAAUUUCCGCCUUCACACAGAAUCAAGGAAAAGAGCAAAGUCUGAUUCCAAUGCUCGAGAUAUGUAUUUCAGCAAGAAUAUCGGCCUUCGUAGAGAUUGGUAUACAGAUGCAGCAUUUGGCCAGCAGCAGUUUACUGGAACCAAUCCUACCACGAUUACCCUCGCGCCUCGUCGAUGGAUAGAUGAGUUUACGUCGACUGCCCAGGCUCAAGGACGUGCCGAUAUCAUAAGCCUCCUGACGGAGAAAGCGGAGAGUCUUUACAUGCAGGACUAUAGUGAUUUCCGUUCGAGCAUUGGUAUAUCUCCUGGAGAAAAGAUAGUGUCAGAUGGGCGUCAUGGCUGUUCUUCUGUUGCUCUCUUCCACCUCGAACCCGAAGGAAAACUGCAUCCAUUGGGUAUUGUUCUUGAUUAUAAAGGCAGCAUAGAGGAGUCUGUGACCAUCUUCAACCGUCGAAUUACAUCAAACGUCAACGGCGAUGAGUACAUGGAUUGGCCAUGGCGCUAUGCCAAAAUGUGCGUACAAGUCUCUGAUUGGCUCCGCCACGAGGUCGCUAUCCAUCUCGUCAACACCCACCUCGUCGAAGAAGUGAUCAUUGUUGCUGCGUAUCGUUCUUUUGGACCAAACCAUAUCAUAUUCCGACUGUUGGAACCUCACUGGAGCACCACUCUAUCGCUGAACAAAGCGGCACGAGAGACUCUAGUGCCAAGUAUCAUCAUUGGGAUGACCGGAUUGACUGCGUCUCAAACAUAUGCUUUCCUGAAAGCGGCGUACGACAGGUUCGACUGGAAAGGUCUUUAUGUUCCCAACGACCUGCGCACACGCGGAUUUCCAGUCAAGUGCCUAGACGAGCCUAAGUAUCACAACUACGCCUAUGCACGUAAUAUUUCAAAGACGUGGAAUAUCAUACGCAAAUUCGUCGCCACUGUCCUCUCGAAGGAGUAUGCCGGAGGGGACGCGGCGGUACAGAGAGACGCAUCCAUUGGGAUCUUCUGCGAUGAAGUUCGUUCCCGCAAAGGAGGCCAGUUGACUAGUUUCCCGGCAAUUGAAACACUGGACGAGCUAAUUGACUUCGUAACCAUGUGUAUUCAUGUCGCCGCUCCGCAACAUACCGCGGUGAACUACCUGCAGCAGUAUUAUCAGACCUUCGUGCCCAACAAACCAUCCGCUCUCCAUUUCCCCAUUCCUCAAUUUCUGUCGGAGCUCUGUAGUUUCACUGAGGAGGAUCUUUUAUCGGCGCUUCCGCUCAAAAGACCCCGGGAUUGGCUGCUGAUGGCUCAAGUCCCGUAUUUGCUCUCGUUCGAAGUGCCAGAAGAGAGCACAAUUCUUCAUUAUGCCGAAACGACGUCAAGUUCGAGGGCGACCCCGACCGUUAUUCGUUCUGCAGCGCAAGUUCUGGCAAGUGAUCUCCGGGCAUUUAUUGAUACGGUGAUACAAAAUAGCAACGAGCUCGACGAUCAGCAAACACCGUACUUGGUAUUGGAUCCAAGUAGGACUGCGAUAUCCAUUCUCAUCUGA